CAAACAAUAAUAUUGUGUGUGCGAGAAUGGUACCUUUUCACUUCAAUAUAUUUCAGUCAGAAUAAAUCUACAGUUCCAAAAAUAAUUAUUCUGACCCAAAUUAUUUGGGGGGACAGUUUAGUUGUCCCCCUCGAUAUCCGCCCUUGCUGCCGAUAUAAGUUAAAAGAUGUAUUUUGCUUCCAUUGCAGAUGGGAUUUGCCUUUCAAUCUUUGUUCCUCUUCUGUGCGAUCAGCGGACUGUUCAACAGCGCCGGAACUUUAAAGCCCACAAGUAGGAUAGUCAAUAGGUGUCCUUCCGGCUGGACCCAGUUCAACUGCAACUGUUACAUCUAUCAGGAAGAUGGGAGGACACAUGCAGAUGCAGAGCUUGUCUGCAACAGUCUUGGUGGACAUCUGGUCUACAUCGAAAGUGAUUUGGAAAAUGAUUUUGUUCUCGAACUUAUGCGAGAUGCCGGCAACUCCGCAACAGCCUGGAUUGGACUCACUGAUUUAGCUGUGCCCAACACCUACGCAUGGACUGAUACUGAUAUAACAUUCGGUUUUAAUAAUUUUAAUACCGAUGAUUCGGAGCCAAGUUCUGAUACUGGUGACUGUGCAGAGCUGGAUGAGAGCGAUGGAUCUUGGCAAACCUCAGCCUGCGAUACCGAGACACCUUAUGUUUGCAUCAGAGAUGUGUUCCGCGGCAAACAUUGAUCGCUCAUCAAACCGAGUGAAUUAAAG